AUGGCUUGUGGGGCUACUUUGAAAAGGACUAUGGAUUUCGAUCCAUUGAUUAACCAGGCGUCCCCCAAAAGGAGGAGAUGCGCCCCAAUGUCUCCAGGCGCGUACACCUCAUCACCCCAGAAAUAUCUGCGUAUGGAGCCCUCGCCAUUUGGAGAAGUGUCGUCCAGACUCACAACCGAGCAAAUCCUGCACAAUAUCAAACAAGAGUACAAACGGAUGCAGAAGCGAAGGCACCUGGAGAACAGCAUUCAGCAGACAGAGGUCUGUUGUCCCCUGGAGUCACAAUCGCAUAGCUCCAUCCUUAGUGGAUCCAGUCUGCCAGGUACUAUCUCCCCAUCUAGAAAAGAGCAGCCUCUGUUUACCUUGAGACAGGUUGGGAUGAUAUGUGAACGACUGCUUAAAGAACGAGAGGAGAAGAUAAGGGAAGAGUAUGAUGAGAUAUUGACAACAAAACUAGCAGAGCAAUAUGAUGCUUUCGUUAAGUUCACUCACGAUCAGCUAAUGCGCCGAUUUGGAGAGCAGCCUGCUAGCUAUGUUUCCUGA